AAAAGAGAUCGAAUUGGCAAGCCAGGACUUUCCAUCCUGCAGCCUCUCACUGGGUCAGUUGCAAAGUAAAAAGCUCAGAGGAUUUUUAGAAUCUGCUGGCCCAGCAGGUAAUGUUCCGGCUGAUUCGCGAUGUCCAAGCCUUCUCGCUUGGCUAGACCGUUCUCAGCUAAUGCAGCUUCUAAGCUGCCAUUAUCUAGGAGGGACGAGCAGGACAGCAGGCAGAAAAAACACAGUUUAGGGGAGAAGAACUUGAAAACUGGAAGUGAAGGAAAUCUGGGCAAACAGCAGCAGGUGCAAACGGCUGCCACGACUGCUCCAGGCAAGGCUCGUUCAUGCAAAGACCAGGGGAAAGGCAAUCUGCAUGUGACAUCAUCUGAAGAUGCAGGAUGUCUCCGAACCAAGGACCGCCUUGCUAAUGGAAAUAGUCGUCUCUCAGUUUCCAAGUCUUCCCGAAAUAUCCCAAGGAGACACACUGUAGGUGGGCCCCGUAGUUCCAAAGAGAUACUGGGAAUGCAAACAUCUGAGAUGGACAGGAAGAGAGAAGCUUUCCUGGAACAUCUGAAACAGAAAUACCCUCACCAUGCUACAGCUAUCAUGGGUCACCAAGAAAGGCUGAGAGAUCAGACCAGAAGCCCAAAGCUUUCUCAAAGCCCUCAACCGCCCAAUUUGGGAGACCAGGCUGAGCAUCUGUCAGAGGCAUCUGCUGAUUCUUUGGAAGCCAUGUCAGAGGGAGAGUCACCGACUCCUUUUUCUAGAGGCAGCCGUACACGGGCAAGCCUUCCAGUGGUGAGGUCAACCAACCAGACAAAAGAGAGAUCUCUGGGUGUUUUAUAUCUUCAGUACGGAGAUGAAACAAAGCAGCUUAGGAUGCCCAAUGAAAUCACAAGUGCAGACACAAUCCGUGCCCUCUUUGUAAGUGCCUUUCCUCAGCAGCUCACCAUGAAAAUCCUGGAAUCUCCAAGCGUAGCAAUUUACAUCAAAGACGAAAGCAGAAACGUGUACUAUGAAUUAAAUGAUGUAAGGAACAUUCAGGACAGGUCCUUCCUCAAAGUUUACAACAAGGAUCCUGUACAUGCAUUCAAUCACACACCCAAAACUAUGAAUGGAGAUAUGAGGAUGCAGAGGGAAAUUGCUUAUGCAAGAGGAGAAGGCCCGGGUGCCUCUCGCCCAGGAUCCACAGCUCAUCCACCCCAUGCAAUUCCAAAUUCACCACCCUCUACUCCCAUACCACACUCUAUGCCUCCUUCCCCGUCUAGAAUCCCAUACGGGGGUGCUCGCACAAUGGUUGUUCCUGGCAAUGCCACCAUUCCCAGAGACAGGCUCUCCAGCAUGCCAGUUUCAAGAUCCAUCUCCCCAAGCCCAAGCGCCAUUUUGGAAAGAAGAGAUGUAAAACCAGAUGAAGACCUAAGCAGCAAGAGCAUUGCCCUGUUCAGAAAUGAAGGUUUAUAUGCUGACCCAUUCCUUUUUCAUGAGGGACGAAUGAGCAUAGCUUCCUCACAUGGUGGACAUCCCCUUGAUGUCCCAGAUCAUGUCAUUGCCUAUCACCGCACAGCAAUUCGAUCUGCGAGUGCUUACUGUAACCCAUCUUUGCAAGCUGAAAUGCAUUUGGAGCAGUCACUGUACAGACAGAAACCAAGGAAGUAUCCAGACAGCCAUUUGCCUACCUUGGGCUCAAAAACACCGCCAGCCUCUCCCCAUCGAGUUAGUGACAUCAGAAUGAUUGAUAUGCUCCCCCAUCAUAAUGCCCACAUACCACCUCAUGCCAUGCAGCCGGAUCGGGCCUCGCCCAGCCGCCAGUCAUUUAAAAAGGAGCUGGGAACCACAGUAUAUAUAGAAAAGCCACGGAACCCCGCUGUAUUAACAGGCAUGGUGGACAUAGGCCCGCCACUGACAGAGAAGCAAAUUUUUGGCUAUGGCACCAUGACAUCACCCAAAGACAAGGAAACAAGAGAGAGGAUGCAAGCCAUGGAGAAACAGAUUGCCAGCUUAACUGGUCUUGUUCAGUCUGCGCUUUUUAAAGGGCCAAAUACAAGUAAUAGCAAAGAUGCUUCUAGUGAGAAGAUGAUGAAGACCAUGGCCAACAAGAGCCUCCCAGAUGGUGCAGGAACCCCUCAUGGUUCUGGUGGGAAGACUUCAUUAGGCUCCCAGGAGUCCAGUACACUCUUCAGUCAGCCACCACCCGCCGGCUCAACAGCCAUCCAAAUGAGCCUGUAUGACAUGAGGCGAAAUGUGUCUGAACUCCGGCUCCAGCUCCGUCAGAUGAGGGAACUCCAGCUGCAGAAUCAGGAGUUGCUGAGGGCUAUGAUGAAGAAGGCUGAGCAGGAAAUCAAUGGCAAAGUGAUUGAAACCCUGAAGAGGCUUGAGGAUCCUGUGCAGCGGCAGCGCCACCUGGUGGAGCAAGAGAGGCAGAAGUACCUUCACGAAGAGGAAAAAAUAGUCAAAAAGUUAUGUACACGCCAUAUUAAAAAGUGGCACCUUAGGGCACGAGAAAAUUGCGGUGCAUUUCCGGAUGAUCCAUUGACAGCAACAACACAAAAAGGCCAACUGGGAGAUUUAUUGGCCUUUAGUGAGCGGAGGUUCCAAGACCCAAGAGGCAUGGAGGAGAGAAGUGAUUAA